AUGCUCCCUCCAUCUCAGUUCUCGAGAACCUCCCGCCUCGCCCGUAUCACCACGCAUUCUACUCCCAUCCGCUCCUUCUCCAUCGCCAUUCCCGCCAGAAAAGCCGAUGCAGAAUCUCCCAAGCCUCGAGGCUUCCUCGCUGAAAAGGAUGGGUACUCACGGCGAGAACAGGCGUAUGAGGGUCUGUAUGUCAAAGCCCAUGAGGCAGAGAGGCUGUUUGUCCUCCGACGCAAGAUGAAGGAACAACGACGACAGCUGGAAGAGUUGGACAGGAGUUUCCAUGCAAUUUCCAAGGGACAACCCAGCACUGCCCAAGUGUAA